UUGACGGGGUUAUGAUAUGAUCCAUGAUCCACAACUUUUUUGUUAUUGGUUAAAUAUGUUAUUUGUUUUAUAAUUAAUUAGAGUUUGCAUUAUUUGAUUUUAGAGAAAUUAUUAUUAGAUUGUGUUUAAUAAAAAUGGCUACGAAUAGACGGAUUUUUGUAGGAAAUUUACCUACAGAUAUAAAUGAAGACGAUAUUCGGCAUGAAUUUUCUGCUUAUGGAAAUGUGACAAAUGUUGAAAUUAAGCAGAAAAAAGAUAAUUUGAAUGAAGGCCAAGCCAACACUUUUGCUUUUAUAAAUAUGGAUAUAGAUACGUGGAGUUUAAAUAAAUGUAUACAAGAAUUUUCAGAACAAGAGUGGAAAGGAAAAUUUCUUAAAGUCGCUUUAGCCAAAGAAAGUUUUCUUGAACAGCUUCAACGAGAAAGAUUGGAAGCGAAAUUGUUGAGUAAAAAAUUGAAUAAAAGUAUAGAAAAAAAUGAUGAAAUUAUUGAGCAACCCAUCCAGCAACUUUCAAAAACACUGCCUGUACCAGUAAAACAAAAUAAAACUACCAUAGUAAAAGAGGGACAAGAUAGUGAAAGCUCAGAAAGUUCUAGCAGUUCUUCAGAUUCAGAACCAGAACAAGGAAAAAGUGAAAAACCUAGAAAUGAUAAGAAAACUGUUGAUUCUGUUGAUGAUCCUGUUGAUGACAAUAGUUUCAUUAUUAAAUCUAAUAAGCAUAACUCAUUUUUGAACCCAGAGAAAUUAAAAAUUCCUACAUAUGGCCCGGCAAUAGUUUCACAGAACAAUGUGCCUCAUAAGAAAAAUUUAACACCACAGUCUACGCUCGCCGAACAAAAAAGAAUACAAUCCUUGCAAGAGAAAAAGGAACAGUAUAACAAGCAAAAAAUGCUUUUGCAGAAAAGUUUUCUAAAAAUUGAUGUAACUCCAAAGAAUAAAAUAGUUUUUUGUGAUGAUAAUAUGGAGAAUAAUAAUGAUGUAAAUGGUUCUGUCAGUAGAAAAUCAAAAAAAGGAAGACUGCUUUAUUCGAUGAAAAUGAAAAUGAGGAUGAAGAAAAUUACCAAUUUGAUUUAAAAGAACAAUUUGAAGGCAAAGAGGGUAAAAAAUUAUUGAAACUGCAAUCAACAUUUGGUUAUGAUAAACGUUUCACAAUGGAUUCUCACUUUUUGGAGCAAGAUGAUACAACUGAAUUAAAAAAUAAUGAUGUACCAGACACAGAAAAC